AUGCCUUUCUUCUUUCCCUGCGCUAUUUGCGGCUCAACUUUGCCCAGCACCACCUUUGCCUAUCAAAAGCACAUGACUCAAUGCCACUGGUCUGGUAAGAACAACAACACAAACACAUUCCCUUUACCUUCCAUCUUCACAACCUCCCCAAUGCCCAGCCCUGUUGCUUCUGCUACCUACUCCUGCUUCUUCUGCAACUUUGAGUUGGCAAAUGUGAAUGAGCUCGCUAGUCACUUGAUUGUCUCCCACAGCUCUGAUCUUCACAGCAUUCUCUGCCCUAAAGCCACUGACGCCUUUCUUCGUGUUGAGAUUGCUGAGUUUUUGAAUCAGUUUGCUGCGACUGGAGCGAGUUUUGUUAGUCUUUGUUAUUGUUUUCCUGGUCACCCUAUUCACUUCACCAAUUAUCUUGAUUGGACUGAGACUGAUGGCACUGAGACCGAGACUGAGAUUGCUGCUGAUGAAAUUGCUGAUUCUGGUCUUGGUGGGAGUCCUAUGUCUACUGGUUCUCCUGCUGAUGGUCUUGCUGCUGAGAAUUCUAAUCUUUUUGCUCUUCCUGGUGGGUCUGCUCCUUCUCUUGAUGGUAAAUCAGCUUCUGCUAUGUCUGUCUCCGCUGAUAACAAGUCUGGUUCUGAUCCUGCCUCCUCCUCCAACAUCACACCCAAAAUCGCUGAAUUCUUGGUUUCGAUUGGCCUUACUCCCACUAGAUCGACGUCUGGCAAAAGAGUUUAUCUUCGUCCUGUCAUGCCAUAA